AUGAAGAACAUUCUUGAAAAGACCAUUAAUAGCUCAAGAAAGGAUUGGUCUAAAAAGCUUGAUGACGCUUUAUGGGCUUAUAGAACAACAUUUAAGACCCCCAUUGGCAUGUCACCUUAUAGGUUGGUUUUUGGUAAGGAUUGCCACUUACCGGUGGAAUUAGAACACUCAUCAUAUUGGGCAAUGAGAAGGUUGAAUAUGGACUUGAAUGCAGUUGGGAAAAAUAAGCUAAUGCAAUUGAAUGAACAUGAUGUGUUUCAGAACGAGGCGUUUGAGAAUGCAAAAAUAUACAAUGAACGCAAAAAAAUCUUGGAAUGA